GGAGAAAACAAGCCCGUCAUUGUCGUAUGAUGUGAUGCCACAGGAACGCUGUUUCAUAGAAGCAUACCACAUCGCCAUGAGAACUUCGUGGGAACGCCAAAUCGCAUCCGCGAAAUGGGAAGAAGCCUUCCCGGAUCAAGCUCUAUAAAGUUUCAUGAGCCCGGCAUUUCGUCGAACAGGAUGGCUCGACUGGCCCUCCCCAUCAAGCUCUUCGCCCGAUGGCUGCUGCCCUUCUCCGGCGGCACAGCUUCGAUCGGCUCCUCGGACUGUGCGAUUUGCCUUUGCAGGAUGGAGCGUGGUGAGGAGACGCGAGAGCUCAGAUGCCGACAUCCGUUCCACAAGUCCUGCCUCGACAAGUGGCUGGAGCAACCGGGGAGGUGUUGUCCGGUUUGUCGGGAGGAUGCUGGUGCAGGUGAGAAGGCGUCAGAGAGCAGGAAAAGAGCUGAGCUGCGGGAUGGUGGCGUCAUCGUCUUCUUUCCCUGGGAGGAGGAGGACUUCCGCAGUGAUGCGUGGUGGAUAAGGUAGGGUGUGGUCGGAGUACGUUUGGGUACGAGCAGUGUGUGUGUGUGUGUGUAUCUUAGAAUUAUGGGUUGCUGAGCAGUUGUGGAACUUGACGUGACGGAUUCAGAUUCCUCAGAGUUAUUUCAGGUGCUUAGCCUUGGAAUCUGUAGCCUUCUUCAUCAUGUUAACGUGUGGGAAUUAUGAAGCUUACGAAGCUGUUAUGACUUCUUCUUCAUCUUCUUGCUUGUGAUACUUACGAAGCUCAUGGAGUUGUAAUCAGUCAUGAAGGCUUGAGCUCACGAGUAUAUGAUGCCUUCUUCAGAUUCUUCUUCAUCAACUGCUACUUUAGAUUCUUCUUCCUCUUCUACUCCUUGAGACUUUGUUUCUUCUUUUUCUUCUUCAGAAUCAUUGCCUUGGAAUUGUUGUUUGUGUUGUUGGAAUUAUAAUUUGAGCUCGUCAGAUCUCAUCUCCUU